AUGUCCUCCAUUGUUGAACUCGCCAUUGGUAAAUGGUACCCUCCCGCCGCCACCCAUCCCUCAAUGUUCGGCCGCAGUGUGAUUGUCACCGGUGCGAACACAGGCAUUGGCCUUGAAGCGGCCCUGAAAUUUGUCCGGCUGGGCGCCAAAACAGUCGUGCUCGCAGUACGCACCCUAUCAAAGGGCGAAAAGGCUCGCGAGAGCAUCCUUGCACGCGCCGGUCGCUUCAAUGCCCGCGUUGAGGUCUGGCCCUGCGAUAUGCUGGACUACACCAGUCUGCGAGCGCUUGCGGACCGCGCGCAGCGUGAGUUGGAUGGGAAACUGGAUUAUGUGGUUCUCAAUGCGGGCGCGUUGUCGGCGGAGCUGACUUGGUCGAUGUAUGGGUGGGAGACGAUGUUGCAGGUACAUGUGCUCUCCACGACCUUGUUGGCGCUGCUGCUUUUACCGCUGUUGGAGGCGGCGAGAACGGAGGAAUUCACGCCUGUCUUGGAGUUUGUCAGUUCCACGGGCCACUGGUUGGUGCCCAGACCGGUUGGGCUAUUACCUGGGACGAGGGAGGCGAAGAGACCGUUGGAGGUGUAUAAUCAGAGGAGGACGGGGACUUUGCCGUUUUCGCAGUAUUCUUACUCGAAGUUGUUCUUGAUGUACGCUCAAGCUGGCUUGCUGAAAGACGUCCCAGCACUGGCACGCGACCCGCCAGACGUUUACUGUGUAGCUGUGUGCCCCGGAGCCGUCUGGUCAGACAUUCACAAGGACUACUUCCCGGCUCUCGCCCAAUUCAAGGAUUUCUUGGGAUCUAUCUUCGCCCGAAACACCGAGGAAGGUGCGCGGACGUAUAUCUCGGCUCUGACCCUUGGCAGGGAAGGACAUGGGCAAUUCUGGACAUCGGAUGUCAUUCGUCCGUGA